CGGCAGAGCGUUCGUUCGCGCACCGAAAUAACGCGGUCCAUCCGGGUGUAUCGAACCGAACUGGCCGAACCGAACGGUUCGUUAAAAUACCGAGAACCGUUGCAUGCCUAAUAGAUAGAUAGAUAGAUAGAUGAAAAAAAAAUCCAUUAAGGUCCAGUGAACUUUGCUGCUGCAAAUGAACGAGUAACGGGAGGUUCUGUUUGAAGAGCUUCUUAUUGGAGGCAUGGAUGACAAAUCAGUGUAUGUUGAAAGCUGAUAGGUCAGGAACCAUCAAUAGGUCCCGCCUACCAAAAUCUGAUUGGCUGCUGAGCUGUCACUUCUGUGUGUGUUGUUUUAGCUUCUUGACUCCGGUGUUUAUUUGAUAGUAGUUUCGUCCAAUAGUUUACUUAGCUUUUAUAUUCGGGUGUUGGAGUUUUGUUCAGUAACAGCAGUGGACAAAUUAUUUCAGUUUGAUUAGAUUAUUCCUUUAUCUAGCUGAAAUAUCCUCGGUUUGGACCUUGUUUCUGGUUAAACAGGCCGGCUGUGUGUUAUCUUCAGGGUUAUGCAAUGUAAUCUAUCUAUCUGUGGGGAAACUCUGAACUCUGCGCCGAGCUAACAGCGAUUAGCAUCAGCUGCUAACACACUAGCGCUGUAUACUUCCACCGGGGGCUGAAAGGAGAGCCUGGCAGCGGCUUUCCGAAGGACUAAACCGGCUAAACAGCCUUUACUCUGCUUCAUCCGCCGGAGGAGUGGACUUCAUCUACUAAACCUGUUCUAGCGUUUAUUCGGCUAAAACCAUGUCUUUAUCUGCGGCGGCGAGGAGAUUAGCGGGCUGGAGUGUGGUGCUGCGGAGCUCCUCCAGGACUUUGCCUCCACUGAGCAGAAUACCUGUCCUGAGCAGAGAGUGCGUCCAGAGGAGAGACAUUACCUCUUCUAGUGUCGUUCAGCCUCUCAGGUCAGAAAACAAGGUGACUGUUAAUUUCAUCAAUCGAGAUGGAGAGAAAAUUACAGUCAAGGCUUCCCCUGGUGAAUCCCUGUUAGAUGUCGUCGUUGAUCAAGAACUUGACUUCGACGGAUUUGGAGCAUGUGAGGGAACUCUAGCUUGUUCUACCUGUCACGUCAUUUUUAAAGAAGAGGUUUACAAACAGCUCGGACCCAUCAGUGAUGAGGAGAUGGACAUGCUGGAUCUUGCUUAUGGUCUCACAGACACAUCCCGCCUGGGUUGCCAGAUUUGCCUCACAAAGUCGCUUGAUGGUGUCACAGUACGUCUGCCAGAGGCUGUGGCAGAUAUUAGGCAGUCAGAUGGAUCUGCUUAGCUUCACCUUCAGGUGCCUGCAGCUACUGCACCCAUUCAGUUAGUGUAUACCAAUGUCAUUUCAAAAGAUUUAAGAAGAUUGCAGUUCCAGGACCUGCGUGAUGGUUUUGACUGAUCACCUUUGUAUGAUGAGUGUCUUGUCAUCCUGUCUGGGAUGCAUUGUAAGGGUCCACCUGUAGAGCUCCAUGCAGGUUUUUUAUCUGUUUAUCAACAGAAGUUGUAUUUUUACUCCAUUAUCAGGAAUAAAAUCAGAAAAUGUAAUUACACUAAUAUUAGAACUAACGAUAAUGUUUUUUUUUUUUCACUACUAUAACAGUAUCAUUUUUAAGAUACAUAGCUUUAUUAUAGUAGUGAUGAUACACUGAUGAUACACUUGAUGUGUAGUUCUUUGAGGAAGUCCCUACUGCAGGUCAAUGCAAGCCGAUUUUAAGGCCCAAUGAUGAGACAUUUAUUGUUCAUAGGUUUUAAAUGAGAAGCUAGUGUUUUAUCAUGACAUAACACACAAGGGAUGUUCUGAAAAAGGUUAAUAAAGUUAAUUUAUCGUAUUAUAAUGUAUUAAACAAUUAGUGCCUCAUUUAAACCAAGAUGUGUAAUUAUUGGAUAAUGUGUAGUCUUCUAUAGAAUAUUACUUUCAACUGUAAUAAUAACAUUUUAUUAAAAAGUAAUUGAAUAAAUGA